CAGUCAGUCAAUCGCGUUCAUUAGCUCACAACAUACUUCAACACAAAAAGUAUUUAUGUAUUAUUGAAUAUAUUCGACGUUUUUAUUUUGUUUAUUCUCGUUUUGCCAUUGUUUUCUACGCAGCUGUUUUGUGAAUUUUGAAAUUUACGAAAACAUAAGUUAAUUUAAAUAAUUUCUGGUUAAAACAGGAACAUUUUUACAUAUAAUAAAUUGCGUUGUAGCGAUAAAAUAAGAAUAAUUGUAAAAGCUUCAAACAAAAACUGACAAACAAAAUGAUUUUGAAAGUUCCUUCAAAUGAUUGGUCCGACCAAUUUGAAUAUGUAGUGGAGGAGGAUGAUUCGCUAUCAGAUUUAGAAGACGAACAAGAUUUCUCUGAGUAUCUCUGGAUGGAGAAUGAAGAAGAGUUCGAUAAGAAUGAAUUAAAACGUCUCGAAGAAGAGGACAUUAUGAAAGAGUGCUUUGAAGCAAUGCUAGAGGACGAACUCGAAGCGGAACUGGCUGAAUGGCAGAAAGCAAAAGCCGAAGAAUUAAAUGCUGCAUUAUCCUCGCUAGUUGUGAGCGAAUACAAUGUGGAACAUUCCAUUCUGAACCCGCUGGCCGCUGAGUUUGUACCACAAAAGCAUAUAAUUGGACUGGGUACUUCAUAAACUUUAUAUUAACUAAUAACGCCCUUAACAAGAAUAUAACGCAACACUCGACGAUCAAAUCAAAUCACCAACGGAACGCAUCAGCAAAAACUAUAUGAAAUUGUACGUAAUGACCCGAAUAACACACACAAACUCAAACCAAAACAACACAAAAAGUAAACAAAAAAAUUCUAAUACUCUUACUGAAGUAUAUUUAAGAAAUACCAAAACAAAACAAAAAAAAACUAAUUAACCUCUAUGACAAUGCUGCGGAGUAAUGUGGGUAAUAUUUACUCGGUAUUAUGUGCAAGCAUUCGUCAAUAAAUAAGAGAGGUACAUAAAACUACGAAUAAAAAUUAUAAAAAUACAUAUGAGGUAUACAACAAAAAACGCUUAAAACUUAAAACCUAAGUAAAGCUUAAAACAAUUUUAAAUUACACAAACUGACUGUUUGUUGCCCUGCAUUAGUUCCAAAAUUUUUUAAAGCUAAUAAUUCAGAAAGUUGUUUGUUGCAAGUCCAACGUACAAAUUGCUUUUAACUUAUUGUGGGUAUUCACACAUUUAUAUAGAUAUACUUUUUCAUAAAUACCUCGACAAAUUGCUUUCGAAUCGUCCUUGUCUUUAUUUUGGAGACGUGCUAUUUGAUUCAAGAAGACACUUGCCUCAAACUGCGUUAAUAGUGCAAACGAGAAUGAGAGCAUUUUGGUCAUUUUUUGUUUGUUAUAAAAACAUUUAACUAGUUUUAAAUAAGUAAUAAAAUGAUAAAUUGUUAGUCCAGGAUUUUAGAAGAUUUAAAAAUUCCAUAUGUGAUCCUAAUUACUGUAGCUUUCUGUAUCAAAUGUUCAUAAAUGUGUUUUUUUUCUAUUGUUCUUACAUUUUACUUAUGCGUUUGUAAUUCAAUACACCAUUAAAUUAUAUCGUGAUAGACCGACACAUUAUCUACAUACGCAUACACAUACACACAUAUAUAUAUAAUAUUGUCCUGUCUAUAUUUAUAUAUUUUAGUGUACUAAAUUCUAUAUAAACCACACCGACAUACCCAUCACUACCUUCUUUUAGCUUUAAUGGGAAUUUUGUAAGAUUAUAUGUAAUUUAAAAUUGAGCAAAAAAAAUUAAUAAAGUCAAAUGUAAUGUCUGAAAUUACAAGAAUACAUACAUAAGAGGCGUAUUGAUAUGCUUAACUAAUAAAGCAAACAUUAAUAAUGCAAUAAACAUGUGUAUGUAAAUGAAUUUAUAAUGCAAACAUAGAUAUACAGAUAUACAGUAAUUAAAAAAGAAUUAUUAUUACAUUAACGUAGUAUAUAUUUUAUUUAAUAAAUGCGCAAGCGUAAUGCAAAAUUGAAAAUGGUAGAUACUCUAAUAAUAGUUAAUUUUGCCAACUCUUUAUAUACAUAUAUAUAGAUAUACAUAUAUAAUAUAUACGCCACUCCAACUUUAUGUAUGUAUGUAUUUUUACAUCAGCCUCAUAAUAUUGACCUGCUUCGUGCAAGAAUUAUCUCAAAGACUAAUGGAAAAAAUACUGUUAUAGUAGUUUAUGAUUAAUCCUUAAAUACUAUAUAAUAAAAAUAAAAAACAAGUUUGUUAUUAGCAAAAGUGUUUGAUAAAUGCGCAUGCGUCUAAAUACGUACGUAUAAUUUAUCGUAGCACAUUAAAUAUGCAAGACAUGAUCAAAAAAAAUACAUAUACUAUUACUUACCUUUAUGUGUGAUAUAAAAAUAGAAAAACUUAAAAAAAAGUUAAAAGUAAGUUAAAAAGCAAAGCAAAAAAAGAUAAAAACUAAAAAAUCUGAAUAAAAAGUAUUAUAGCAAUUAGAAA